AUAGAACAGACUAUUGAGACUAAUAGUUUCACACAAUAGCAUUCCUGAAUCCACAUUAUAGUUCAUGAUCAAAUGGGUUUCAGAGAAAUUAUGAUGACAAUAACCGAUUGCAUUAAUCUUCAGAACUACGUUUAGUGAAUAUAGGUCAACCUAUUUCGCUGAAUGUAAAUGAGAUAACUGUAGUUCAUGCAUAGUAAAGCAACGUGAAAUUCUUGGUUGUAGUGCGCACUGCUGUGCUAGGAUUAUUCUAUUCCUAUUCAAUAUCUAAACAAUACAGUAGACUAUCAACGAGAAACGGCCAACAAGUCAAAAGGAUCUGAUCAUUCUCUUUACAUAGCUUAUUUCAUUCUCUGCAUACAUGUAUUUUUUGAAUAUAUAGAAUUUGGCGUACCGUCAAUAAAAUUUGAAAGCGCAAAGUAGCAGAUCCAGCUCGAUGGAAGUCGUUGAGUCAUCCGUGAUGUGGAGUGCUGUUCUCGCACGGCAAGCUAUUGAGGGCGGGGAAGCAUGCGCCAUGUCUGCUUGCUGCACUGAAGCGAAGGCAAUCGAUACCAGCUGCUCGACUUGAGCUGCGCGAAGAAUUAUGAUAUGAUAUCGACUGCACGAUUCCAGAUGGAGUAUGAUACCAGCUGCGCGAGACAUUUAUAUAGUUGAAUGAUAUCGACUGCACGAUAUGAUGUCAGAUGGAGUACGAUACCAGCUGAUCGAUUUAGGCUGCGUGAAAAAUUAUAUAGUUAUAUGAUAUCGACUGCACGAUAUCAGAUGGAGCGUUCCCAUAUCACGAGCUUGAGCGCAGCAACAGCGGGCCUAACCAAUUUGGGGAUAUUGGCUUUUGCAUAUUUUUUUUUUAGUUUGAAUGCCCGCAAUAUCAAAAAACCGGCGGCCGAAAAUUGUCCCAUUUCAGCUGCAGCUGAAAAAAAGUCGCUUGGUUCAAAAAUUACCCUUUAGAACGAUUUUUUUUGUUUUGGAAAUACUCCCCGUUAAUCAAAAAAUUUUCUAGGCUAAGUACAAACCAAAAAGAAAUUACGUUACAAUGUAGUGCGUUUUUCGUUUGAAUUUGUGUCGUGUUGAAGUAUGCGCGUAACUCGAGUUAUUUUUAGUGUCGCUUUAGUAUGGCUAAAGCCGAACGACGAUCAUCGUCACGACGAUCUUGUGAAUAUAAAUAUCUAUACAUUAUAGAAUAGCUUAUCAUGAGGCUCUAACAUGUGAAUAAAGGAGUAUCACUCGAAGGGCUCUCGCCAUGAGUUUAUACAAGUGUCAAGCAAUGACAUGCCAAAGCAACCAAGAUUCACUUUUCAAAUUGUAAUCAUUUUAAUUAAAAAAAAAUAUUUUCUCACCCCCUGUCAUAGAAAUCUUGAACCAGCAUCUAGAAAAUUUCUAUUUUGCUUAGACUCAUAACAGUUAUGAUUUUUUGGAUUAGUAUGUUCGUAAAUGUAUCGAUAUCUUAAUAAUACGUAACUCUUAAAUGUAUCAUGAGAGAAGGAUAGCUAAUCUGAUGCUGGAGUUGAGGUACAAAUUGUACCGGGAGUGGAGAUAUGCUAUUAACGAGGCUGCCAGAUAGCGACGGCCAUGCGCGGGAGUCGUGCUACGGUGCUGGUAACCUCACGAGCUACGAGGACCUCACCUCGUCUCACGGACCUGAGACGCGAGCUUCCUGUUCCGAACAAAGUCCAUUCCACAGCCUGUUGGGCCUCCUUCCGAUGACAAGAAGUGUUACUGCUUCAAGCACCUGCUUGGAUGAUGUCAAGGGCUUCAUGCCGUCAGCGAGGAUGUGUCUUCCAACUCGAGAAGCGGAAAUAACUUGCAUGUGGAUUUGAAAAAUAUUUACGAGAGACAAUAAUUUGAGACGAAUCAGAUGACGCAAUGAUAUCAAAUAAGAAGAACUUACGAGCGCAACGUUCUACCCCCAAGCCAGUGCUGAUGCGAAAAAAAUGAGUCGCAUGAACGUCGAAAUAAAUAGUAAUCUAGAGUUGCCCUCGAGGCUCAAUAAACCUCGAGAUAUCUCAAUCUACGGUAGAAACGAGUCAUCCGUAAACAAAUUAGUCAGAUUUUGCUAUAACGGUUACCAGCAAAUGUCUGAAGAUUCGGUAAGAGGGCGAAGAACAAAAUUUAAUUUCUGUACCGGAACGCAAUCGAAUGAAAAGUUCAUCACUCCUUCAUCCAUAACAGUGAGAAAACACGUUAAGAAAAUCUCCGAAGACUUCACGUUAACACAGUUAAACUUUGAAAGCUCACACAAGCGUAAAUCGAACAUGAUCAAAGUAGACCCAUCACAAUUAAUAUCCCCAAGAGUUCCAAGAGGACUCAAUUUUAUGCAGGUAACAUGCAAAAAGUGUGACGACUUGGCCUCACAACCAGCGGUGCUGCCAGUAAUUCGCUCAGCAGGAAGUAUCGGCACUGCAUGUGGAACAGCUGAGAGUGUUGCCGGUGUCGACAGUCACGCAAUCACCAACUGCGUUGACGAACGCUCGUUUGUUGCGAUGACGUCUCUCUCUGACGCACUGUUGGACACGCUGAACUUGACAAUUCCAUCAAGUCUCAAUGGCGAGUCAAAAUCGUCGUUGGUCGCGAAUUCUUCGUCCUUAGAUGUAAUUAAUAGUGGCAAUGAGAUGAGAUACAGAAGCUCUUCGAGAAACCGACGUCACUCUGCAUCGAUAUCACCUCGCAUUCAACGAGUGACCCUUCAACAACUCAAGCGUGCUAGACAAUUUACGGAGAGAGCAAUCAAGGAAGGCCGAGUGUUUUCAAUUUACGGUCAUUUCCCGGCUGUGCGUGCGGCAUUGAAAUCGCGUGGUUGGGUUGAGAAGCUGUUGCAUCGCGCGCCUUAUAUCAACCCGCAUCCGGCCAACUGCGUUUGUUUUCAAGCGUCGUGUAGCAGCAACUCAAGUACCCUCAUUAGCCAGAGCAUCACCUUGUCAUCCACUGUAUGUGCUGAUCUUCAUCAAACUCCCAAAAUCUCCAUCGCGCCUUCGCGAUGUACGCUUAAUUUUGUAGAAAUAAAUCGUAAGUCGUGCAACUAUAUGCGUAAGAAGCGAAGUAUCCAAAUAAGAAACAUUGAAGAAGCCGAGUUUACUCAAAUUGACAGGAAUUCUGAGAACGAUGCUCCAUGCGAGAGCCAGACUGACGUCGACACAACAGCCGAAGAAAUUCAUGCUAGCGAACGUGAAGAUAUAUCUCCAGAUGAUUGUCCAGAAGAGAGCGAGGGUUUAGAGAGCGACAAAUCUAAAAAGAAUAGUGUAAAAUUAACCAAGUUCAAAUUCAAUCCGACUACAUUGUGCCCUCUCGAAAUUCGGUGUGGCUUUAAUAAAUAUAUAAACGGUACCAACGAGUCACCACUCUACACGUACACUAUUCCUGUUUUCGACGCAACUAAACGCACUAAACGACAGUCAGAAGCAACGAUCCCAGAGGACGAAACUGAUCACCAAGCAUUGGUCUCCGAACAUUCUAGUGAGAUGGAUGAAAAACUAGAAUCGCUUGAGGAAGAUGAACAAUCCCCGAAGUUCGUUCAUGCAGAAGAUCAAGAAUUUUUCAACGAUAAUGAAGUCCGAUAUGACCCGUUUGAUCCAUACCCCGAUCUAGAAUUCAAAGUCAACGACGUGGAUACAACUUUAGUUGGAAGACUGCUCAAAAACGUCGAGCCUAACCUGAUCUGGACUUGGACUCGCGACACUAUUUCCUACAAACACCUUACCAAAGAUCAGCUCGUGAACCGCUUUCCGAACACCGUCUUCACGACCAAAUUGUUACCAAGGCGCGUCCGCCAAGCAGUACUUCAGGUGGAUCAAUUUGUCGAGUCUUGCAGUCACGACAACCUGGAUACCCCAGUGAAGCCGCCGCUCGGGGAUGCUGAAUGGGACGGUAUUAUCAGCACUCACCACCGCGCUGUGCAUCGCAGAUGCAAAAUAAAGGCCAAUCCCCAGCAACUUGAGGCGCUGGUGCAGGAGAGCAAAGAGACCCUGCAGCGUGCAGAGCCUCACUGGCCGCAGCUCGCGCAGGACGGCAUUCGUAACGUGUGGAUCGUGAAGCCUGGCGCGCAGUCCCGAGGACGAGGCAUCCUGCUCAUGCACAGUCUCGCCGACAUACUCGCGCUCGUCCAGUCUCCCUUCAUUUAUGAGACCAAAUACGUCGUCCAGAAAUACAUGGAGCGUCCGUUUCUUAUUUACAACACAAAGUUCGACAUCAGACAGUGGUUUAUGGUGACAGAUUGGAACCCUCUCACCAUCUGGAUGUACAGGUCGAGCUACGUGCGUUUCUGUUCACAAGAAUACGACGUGAGCCGCACGGACGAGGCUGUGCAUCUCAGUAACAACGCCAUACAGUGCAAGUACAGGAACGGUCUCCGGGACCACCGUCUGCCUCACGAGAACAUGUGGGACUCCGACACCUUCAAUGCAUUCCUCGAAGAGAGCGGGUGGGGUGGAGCCUGGAAGGAUACCAUCUAUACCGGGAUGAAGGACGCUCUCGUGGCCGCCAUGCUGGCCGCGCAGGUGCAGAUGGACGCGUUCAGGAAUGGCUUCGAACUUUUCGGCGCCGACUUCAUGCUGUCGGAGGACCUCAGACCCUGGCUUAUUGAGAUAAACUCGUCGCCUUGCAUGGCGGCGACCUCUUCCGUCACCCGUCGUCUAUGCGCCCAGUGUCUUCAGGAUAUCAUUAAAGUGGUAGUUGACUACCGCGCGUGUCGCGACGCCGACACGGGAGAGUUCGAGCUCAUUUACCGCGACACACAGAAGCUGCAGACCGCCCAGCCAUAUCACUUACGAUCUAUGUUUCAGGUGACAGGAAAACAAAUUUUACGACAUCCUCCCCCUCCUCCCCUCGACAAACCAAAACGCCCCUUGAAGCCUAAAGCCGUCGCAGUACCAGUCCGUCCUUUGCGCCUCAUCAGCCUGAGCAUGGACAACCCAUAGCGCCAUGUGUCGUCCACCAGCGCCAUGUGUCGUCCACCAGCGCCAUGUGUCGUCCACCAGCGCCAUGUGUCGUCCACCAGCGCCAUGUGUCGUCCACCAGCGCCAUGUGUGGACGGGACGACGUACCAGUCAUGUCGCAGCGCGUGGUUCCAUGAAAAAACACGCAAGAGACAACGGGUACACGCUAUUUUAUCACUUUAUAUCCAGGACUUCGUUGUUGCCCGUUGAACGAAGAGCGUGUGGUUCCGAUAAUUCUAUCGACUUUAAAAUUGCAUUAAUUCAAAUUGAACCAGAGCUUUAACCGCCAUGCGAAUUUGUUGUCAAUAACACUGCUAAGUAUUCAUUUAUGAUUAUGUAAAGUACUCGCGAAUUCAAAACAAUUAAAAUUAGUAGUAAUAAUUAGAGAUCUUCAACAAGUUCCAAUCUUUUGGCUACAUCAGGACUAGGAAGCUAAAAUUAAAUUGAGUUAGAAGGAAAAUAGGUAGAAAUUAUAUGUUUUACGCUUUAUUUUGCAUUAAUAUUCGCAGUACAUAAUUCUACAAGUACCACUGGAUUGCAAAAAAAAAAGUUUUCACAACAAUUUUGCAUUUUCACGUCAUGUAGAGCAAGCAGGAAAUAUCUAACGGCUGACUAUCUAUAGCACUACCACUCCAGGUCAAGUUCGUUAAGGAAAUCCAUGUAAUUAAUGUAACCUCCCAUGACCAAUCUACGGCAAAAAUAGUUUUUAAGGACAGUUCAGAGUCAAAGUUUUGCUAAUUAUUUAUUAUAUACUUCUAACUUUAAGCUUGUAACGAGUGAUAUACUCCUAAGUCAACGCUACUGCCAGUUGUGUUCAUGUAGCUUUUCAUGGCUGAAUGCAAAUGAGCUACUCUAUUUAGUAUUUCGUGUUUCUAUUGUGCGUAAAUACCGUGAUUUUAGUGACAAGAGAAUAAUCUGUGUUAUAAUAAGCGAAACUUGCGAUUGCUAUUUAGAUCGGACACCAAUUAUGAAUAGCUCGGAGUGCAAUUUUUGUGUUUAGCAUAAAUUAAUAAAUCUUUGCAUCCAUUAA